AGUGUUCAUAUUUUGGAGCGGAAGGCUUCUUCGGGAAGCACAGACCCUUCUUUAAGCAAGCAGUUCCUUGAAAGCGACCCUAUCUCACUAUCUAAGGAACCUGACAGCUGGGAAAUCAUAGAGGGUCUGAAAAUAGGCCAGACCAAUGUCCAGAAGCCAGACAAACAUGAAGGUUUCAUGCUGAAAAAGAGAAAAUGGCCUUUAAAAGGUUGGCACAAGAGGUUUUUUGUCCUGGAUAAUGGAAUGUUAAAAUAUUCAAAGUCACCAAUUGAUAUACAGAAAGGCAAAGUCCAUGGGAGCAUUGAUGUUGGUUUAUCAGUUAUGUCUAUAAAAAAGAAGGCUCGUAGAAUAGAUCUUGACACAGAAGAACACAUCUAUCAUCUGAAGGUGAAGUCCCAGGAUUCAUUUGAUGCAUGGGUUUCAAAAUUACGGCAUCACCGGUUGUACCGUCAGAAUGAGAUUGUGAGAUCUCCGAGAGAUGCCAGCUUUCAUAUAUUCCCUUCAGCCUCUACUACAGAGUCUUCACCAGCGGCUAAUGUGUUGGAUGGAAAGGUACAACAGAAUAGCUUUCCCUGGCAGUCUCCUAUACCAUGCAGUAAUAGCCUUCCUGCCACCUGCACUACUGGUCAGAGUAAAGUAGCAGCCUGGUUGCAGGACUCUGAAGAGAUGGACAGAUGUGCAGAAGAUCUUGCUCAUUGUCAGUCAAACCUUGUGGAACUCAGUAAACUCCUUCAAAAUUUAGAAAUACUACAGAGAACUCAGUCAGCACCAAAUUUCACAGACAUGCAGGCUAACUGUGUAGAUAUUUCAAAGAAAGACAAGCGGGUCACAAGACGAUGGAGAACAAAAAGUGUCAGCAAAGAUGCAAAAAUUCAACUUCAGGUCCCUUUCAGUGCUACAAUGUCACCUGUUCGACUGCAUUCAUCCAAUCCCAACCUUUGUGCAGACAUUGACUUUCAGACACCCCCAAGCCAUGUAACGGAUCCUCUGGAGUGCUCUACUGAGUACAUGAAGCUUCAAGAAGAAUUCUGCCUGAUGGCUCAAAAAGUGCAUUCUCUCUUGAAGUCUGCCUUUAACAGCAUAGCUAUAGAGAAGGAGAAGCUUAAGCAGGUUGUUUCAGAGCAGGAUCUUACAGGCCACAAUGUGCAAAUAACACACCUCAGACAGUCCCUCUCUCAGGCUCUCAACCAGAAUGCUGAACUAAGGAGUCGCUUGAACAGAAUACAUUCAGAAUCUGUUAUUUGUGAUCAGGUUGUCAGUGUAAAUAUUAUCCCUAGUCCUGAUGAGGCGGGUGAACAAAUUCAUGUUGGUUUGCCGCUGUCUCAGCAAGUUUCUAACGAGAGCAGGCUCUCUAUGUCUGAAUCUGUUUCAGAGUUCUUUGAUGCACAGGAAGUGCUUCUAUCUGCCAGCUCGUCAGAAAACGAGGCUUCUGAUGAUGAAUCUUAUAUCAGUGAUGUGAGUGAUAAUAUAUCUGAGGACAACACCAGUGUUGCAGACAACAUUUCUCGACAAAUUCUUAAUGGUGAGCUAACAGGAGGCGCAUUUAGGAAUGGACGAAGAACUUGUCUCCCAGCUCCCAGCCCUGACACCAGUAACAUCAAUCUGUGGAAUAUUUUGAGAAAUAACAUUGGCAAAGAUCUUUCCAAAGUAUCCAUGCCAGUUGAGCUAAAUGAACCUCUGAAUACCUUGCAACAUCUUUGUGAGGAGCUGGAAUACAGUGAACUCUUGGACAAGGCUGCUGAAACAGAUGAUCCUUAUGAACGCAUGGUUCUCAUAGCUGCUUUUGCAGCAUCAGGCUAUGCCUCUACGUACUUUAGAGCAGGAAGCAAGCCAUUUAACCCAGUGCUUGGUGAAACUUAUGAAUGUAUUAGAGAAGACAAAGGAUUUCGAUUUUUCUCAGAGCAGGUUAGCCACCAUCCUCCCAUUUCGGCCUGUCACUGUGAAUCGAAGAACUUUGUGUUUUGGCAAGAUAUCAGGUGGAAAAACAAAUUCUGGGGGAAAUCAAUGGAAAUUCUGCCAGUUGGAACCUUGAAUGUGACUCUUCCAAAGUAUGGAGACUACUAUGUCUGGAACAAAGUCACUACUUGCAUACAUAAUAUUCUUAGUGGAAGGAGGUGGAUAGAACACUAUGGAGAGAUAACUAUCAGAAACACAAAAAGCAGUGUUUGUAUUUGUAAACUCACGUUUGUCAAGGUGAACUACUGGAAUUCAAAUGUAAAUGAGGUCCAGGGUGUUGUGAUAGAUCAAGAAGGGAAAGUGGUUCAUCGCCUAUUUGGAAAGUGGCAUGAAGGCCUUUAUUGUGGAGUUGCACCUUCAGCCAAAUGCAUAUGGAGGCCAGGCUCCAUGCCAACCAAUUAUGAACGUUAUUAUGGCUUCACAAGGUUUGCUAUUGAGCUCAAUGAAUUAGAUCCUUUACUGAAAGAUCUUCUUCCUACAACAGAUGCGCGAUUCAGGCCGGAUCAAAGGCUUCUGGAGGAAGGAAAUAUAGAAGCGGCAGCAUCUGAGAAACUAAGAAUAGAGGAGCUUCAGAGAGGUCGGAGGCGGUACAUGGAAGAAAACAGCAUUGAAUAUGUACCCAAAUUUUUUAAAAAAGUUAUCGAUGCUAAUCAAAGAGAAGCCUGGGUUACCAACGACACCUACUGGGAACUGCGAAAGGAUCCUGGCUUUAGUAAAGUAGAAAUUCCUGUACUAUGGUAAACUGAGAAUGUAGAUCUAGUAAACAUAUCACUCUGAA